AUGGCGGAGCAACUGAGACGACUGGUUGAUCUCGGGACGUUUUCUGUCCUUCAGGACAAGUUAGACAGAUGGCUGAGCGAUUAUUAUAUCAACACAUGUGACCAGAACACUGCCCGUUGCUGUGAGAUCAUUGAAUUAAACGCCAAAGUUCAAGGCCAGUUGUUCAAACUGUUGAGUCUAUGUGCACAGGAAGGUGGACUGUAUGGGGGAGCAAACAUCAUCAAGUCCAGGCUGCUGCCCUGGUUGGGGCAGAACUUCUUCACAUCAGGAGGUGCUGUCACUGCUGACACCAGCCUCAGUGUGCUGGCAGAGGCUACGGCCAAAGAUCGGGAGUUGUCUGAGUUGCAGGAGCUUUAUGAGAAGUCCUUGGACGAGCUUGAAAUCGAGCUUCAGAAUGUCAAAGCUGAGAACCAGGACUUGAAAGAUGAGCUACAAGAGACCAAGCUGGAGCUGGACCGGAGCCUCAGGACCUCCAGCAGUGAGAAGAUGUUCACUGAACUGGAGGUCAAUGAUUUGAAAAGAAAGCUUGCAGCAGCAGAAGAGGAAGUUAGACUGCUGCGAUCCAAGUCUGGCCUCCUGGCUGACUACCAAACUGAGAUCCGUCGCCUGCGAGAUGACAUUGCCUUGUUGUCUGCCCGUCGUGAUGUUCUGACAAAGUCCCCUGACAUCUUGUCAUCAUAUGAGCGGACAAACUGGGAUGACAAGCUGAGUGACUUGAGCCUGCACUACAGAUACAUUCCAGGGCCAACCUCUCCACUGUCAAUUGAUGACACCAUUCAGCGUAUCCGACAGCAGAACCUCAUUGCUCGCUUCAAUGAUAUGUUUGCCCAGGACCGGCUGACUACCAUGGACACACUGAGAAGAUACUCAGAUGACAACGAGAACAAUCAGCGCAUCUGUUUUGCUAUCAUUCAGGAAGCGUUUAAUGUGGCCAAGCAGGAGUUCCGUCAGUUUAAGAUGAAAACUCGAGCUAACCUGGCAAAGACUCAUUAUGGCCCUGAGACGCUGGAGGAAGCUGUUCAAGACUACAUUAACCGCAACACUGACCUUUAUGACCUUCCAGGCAUGGUAUCUGAUGUCAUCAGAGCCCUGAAUCGCAACCCGAAGAUCUUCCUGCCUCCUGACGUCAGCUACGCCAUCUGUCAGCCAUUUAUCAGGGAGGCUGUGAAGCUAGCCUGGCAGAUGAGCUGCUUGGCACAUCCUUUAGACAUUGCUGUGGCCACUGACGCAGAACUGUUUGAUGACACCAAAUACCGCCGCAGCUAUGAUUCUGAGUACACGGCUCCACUUGUCAAUCACCAUGUGUGGCCAUGUUUGAUGCAGGGAAGCAAAGUACUGGUGAAGGGAGAGGCAGUGACUCGCCGAGGAGCAUCUUUGGGUACACCUCGUAGGUCUCGCAGCCCUGCACGUGCAGCUAGCCCAUUUCGUGCUUUUUCUCCUCGGUCUCGAUCGCUGAGUCCAAGUCGCCGCCUGCGCAGUCGAUCACCUAGUCCAAGCAGACGGGCAUUUUCUCCAACCAGGCGCAGUCGACUUUUAUAA